AAACAAAUACUCAUAAACUAUAUCCUCUUUUGCAAGCUCUACAAGAAAAGUAUAAAAAAUUGCCAGAACACCAACAAAUUGUUUAUACUAGAGAAAAACCUUCUAGUGUCAAACUAAUAAUUCAACUAAAAGAGAUCCCUCUGGGUUUAAGUUUGUAG